GAUGGCCGUCGUCAGUCGAGUUUCGGCCGUCUUACUCAGCAUAGGUGUGCAGCGGACAAUCCACCCAUCCACACAGCAGGCAGUCAGAGCAGUAGCAGCACAUCCAGCAGCAGCAGCAGGAAGAGCAGCCGCAUCAGCGCGACAGCAGACAGAACUGACAGGAGGAGAGUUCGUUCAGCCGAAUCGUACAACAAAAAUAAUUAAAUUCACACAGAAACCAGACACCACCACUCUGCUGCCUCUGUCACCAUAACUGAAUUUGUAUCUGUAUCUGUAUCCGUAUUUGUAUCUGCACCUGCAACGCAUCGCAUCGCAUCGCAUCGCAACGCAACGCAUCCCAUCGCAAUGUGCAACUGGCAGUGACUGUGACUGGACCUGGGCACUGACCAACAAUCCAACAAUCCAACUGAUUGACUCGCUGAGUGACAGAAGGCUAUCCUUAUCCAUUACAUGCCCAUCCAGCGUCGAUUGCACUCCGUGUUUGCUGUCAGUUUCGCCGGACACGGAUGUGGAGGUCCAUCAAUAUCAUCAGCAGCAGUCAAAGCAGCGGAAACCAAGAGGCCAAAAAAGCACAAAAAUUGCAAAUGAAAUCUAAUUAGCAAUGUCAGUGUCAGAUCUGCGUUAAUCCAUUAAUUUCCAACCAUCAACAGAAGCAUCCAUUGUCAGAUUAUAUAGAAAAAGGCGUUGCUCCUGGCAUCUCCAGCGUAUAGCGGGAAAAAACGGCACAAAAUUGGAGAGCGAACAAAUAGAAAUUUCGUCCGAAAGGGAAAGCGAAAGCAGGCAACACUCUUGCGUUUCUGUAUGCCCGUGACUGUCGGUGGCUUUGUAUCUGUAUCUGAAUCUGUGUACGUGCCUGUGCCUGUGUCUGUGCCUGUGUCGGUGCCUGUGUGAAUUCUGAUAACGCGCGCCUGGUGCUGACAUCACUUUCGCUCCUGCUAUUCCAUUGCUAUUGAGCCAUUGAACCAUCCCCAUACCCAUUAUCAUACCCCGAGACCGAGACCCGAGAAGCUGCCAAUCGAAAGACCACAAAAUCAAUUAAACUACAACAAAGCUGCCAAGAGCCAAUUAUACGGAACGGGGAAACGUAAAGGAAUCGAAGGAAAGCAAGGGAAGGGAAACUGAAACGGAAACGGAUACGGAUACGGAUACGAGGGAAAGGAAGGGAUCAAAGAUGUUCUCCAUGUGCACAAAGGUGAAGUCGGAGAGCGUGGAGCCGGACUGCUCGUUCAUGCAGCAUCCCCAGCAGAUGCAGCUGCAACAGCCACAGGCAAUGGGAACUGGCGGCAAACAGAUCAAGGGCGGCUACCUACUGCGCUACAAAAAGCAAAUGUUCUGGAAUCGCUGGUCCGAGGAGUGGGUGGUUCUGUACGAUGACUCAACCAUGGCCUGGUUCACGGAGCCGGGACGCACCUCGCCGUCGGGCAAGAUCCUAGUGAAAGAAGCGCCCGAGAUGCUGGCCAUUGCCCACUGGACUGGACAGAUACCGCGUCGACCGCCGCUACCGGACGGCGUGAAUGUCUCCCAGUUGAUUGCACUCGGAUCGCAGCGGAAACGGUCCAAGGUCUACUGGAUGCUGGCCAAGUCCGAGCAGGAGGUGAGCGACUGGAUUGAUGCGAUUACGAAGACCCUGCCGCCGCCGCCACAAAUCGAGCUGGUGGUGGACAAGCCGCACCUGAUGAACGUGCUGCGACGUCCAUUGGUGCGCAUUAGACCUGCCACCCAGUCGGAGGUGAAGCACCGCAAGGCGGCGGCCCACAGCAGCAGCAGCAAGCACAAUCGCUGCACCUCGUCGGCGAUGACCACUAGGCUGUACAAACAGAUCCAGAAUCCGCUGGUAAAGAGCGAUGCGGCCGUGGCCAUUCUCAGCAAGAAGCCGGACUCGAAGGCCUCGCUGGCCUGUGCCCUGCCCUGGGGCCAUGGCUGGGGAUGGGCCACGUUGCCAAACGGCGUGUGGAGCGGCGGCCUGACCUGGUCGCAGUGCGAGGACACCUUCACUCUUCACGCCCUGCCCACCACCCACUGCACCAAUCUGAUCGACACCUCAUGCAGCGGCGCCGUCUACCACACCGACAUUGGCGGCUUCGACUUCCAUUCCGGCGGAGUGGACGACAUUGGCGGCGAGGACUUUGACUACGCCAUGGACUGUGGCGAUUUCAUAUUUUAAAAGCCCUCCACGCCCCCAACCCUCAUAAGAUCUAGCCUCUGGAACACUCGCAACUGGUAAUCGCUUCGGUAGUACGUAUAAUAGGUGUGCUUACCCUUUCUCUUUGUGUCUUAGAUGUUGCCACAUAAUAGGAAUAGACAGGCAUAGAAUGGGGAGAGGGAAUAGGUAUAGGGUAUCUGCAUCCUGCAUUACGUAUACGCCACAUGUGUUGCAACUGUGUGUCCCCGUAGGUGGUUGUUACUGUUUCCUGUGCCCUGUGUCCUGUAUCUGUGUGCUAAUCGCGUUAAUCAGUUAAACAGAAACCCGAGCGUAAUGCGAACGUAAUGCAUUUCGCCAAAACAUAACAUAUUCCGCGGAAAUUCCCCCAUUUUUCUCGGAAAACUACACAGACACGUAUGAGUGCAUGUCGGACAACCAGAUAAACACAUACACACACAACUACAUGUAUACAUAUAUGCAUAUAUAACCACCAACCGCACUUUCGCCCCACCACCCAACCACCCAACCACACACUCGGCAAUCGUAACCGCAGAAAGCAUUUGAAAUGCGAAAAUAUUUUUGCAUCCCGCAUAUACUCUCGUAUCGUAUCGUAUCGUAUCGUAUUGUAUGUAAGUAGGCUACAAAAUAUUUUUGCACUCGAGGGGCAAACAAAUUACAAUAAAUAAUAAAUAAUGCAUGCCAGAGACAGGCAGGAUGGCACAGGAUGCAAAUCUUAAUGAAAAUGAUAACGGAAACUCACACACAACAACAAACAAAAGCAUGGAAAUACUUUUGGGUAUUUGGAAAACUUUUGAAAUUUAUAUUGAUGCAAUUUGUAUGGAAACACUUUUUCAAAUUGUUUUGCCAUGAUUUUCUAGAAUUUUUGUAAUCAAUAGUAUUUAACCGCAACACACAGAUUUACCCACACCCCGUACCCCUCCCCACACACCACUAGCCAAAACCACCCACCAAUUCCCCCGGCAAACAAAAAACCAUUUUUGUGUGCAAAUUUUUGACAAAUUUAUACAGAUACUCGUAUGGGAUAUCGUACGCCGCAAGUAAUUCGAUAAAAACUUAAUAGGAAAACCAAAGAAAGACCGACAUUUUGAUAUAUAUAGGAUGUUAAAUGAAAUUACGUACAGUAAACAGGAAAACCAGGUAACUAACAAGUAACUUAAAAUAGGGCUAGAACCCACACUCUAGAGGUAAGCACUCGACACAGUCACACACUGAACCCAAAAGCGAACCCGACCCCGACCCCUUCCUUGUAGGACUAUUAAGGCCAGUUAAGUUUACAAAACUAACUCACACACAGAGAAAUCGACAUACCCACCCGUACUGAUGUAAAGUUUAUAAAACAAAAACGAAACAGCAAGAGACAAGUUAGCAACCCAGGUAAAAAAAAUCACAAAUGUAUUAAGAUACAGAUACCAAAGACAAAGAUACGCGUGUGUGCACACACUUGUACGCUUAUUGUAUUGUAAUCGAAGUACUUAGUUAAGGACAAAUCACAGAUACUAUUGUCAUUGUCAUCGCAGCAGUCCAAUCGAAAACAAUCCAAACCAAUCCAAUCCACAUACAGCGUACAUGCUCGUAUUCGUGUAGGCACUCUCGACAUUCACAUUCACAUCCACACAUCCACUGUCAUUCGCAUUCGUAUUCGCAUUCGUCAUUCUCAUGCUCUCAUUCUAUAUUGAUUCGAAUUUGAAUUUUCAUUUUGAAGAACUUUAAAGAGCAAUUUUGUGCGCCCCCGUGCGCCAGAAUGUGACAAAGAGAAAACGCCGCUACGGACACCUUGAAUUAACUGUACGUUAGGUAUAUAGAGAAUGUUAGAAUAAGUAGGAUGUUUGUUAAGAUUGUUAAGCUAUACACAGAGAUAUGUAUAUGCAUACAGGAUAGAACAUAAAUUACGGGUAAGAGGGCAUAUGUUUGCCCUCUGCGCAUCUGUUGCAUGCUGGUCCUUUGUAUUUGUAUGUGUAUUGAUAGCCAUAUAUUUUUACGUACAACAAUAAUCAACGCAUGCAGCGGAAACGGAUACGAUACCUUUAAACCUGAGCCUACUACAGCCUUAGCCGUCACAGAACACAGCCCACACACACUCGUACACACUCGUACACACUACGCUACCAAUCGUUGUUAUUGUAUGUAUACUCCGCGCACACGUAAGCGUUUGUAUGUUUGUGUCUGUGUACAAUACCUACAUACAUAUAUAGCCAUAGCCGAACCGAACCGUUCGUUAGGUGUUUAGUACGGGGAAGACGAGAGAUAACCCACGCAGCGCAGCGUAACAGCGCAACCUACGAGUAUAAGUAAAUGUAGACUAAAAGACUUAAGCAAUUGUCGUUUAGACGUUAAAUUAGAGCGCAUUGAAUGUUGGCUUAUAGUUCUAGAUAAAGCGAAGACGAAGCGAUUCGAGACUCGAGAUUCGAGAGCGACACAAACAUAUACAUGCAUAUACCUAUACUAUAUAUACACACACACAUACAUAUUAUACAUAUAUAGAUGGGAAUAUCUUCACCAAAAUGUUGUAGUCUGAAGCCUAAUCCGAGUGUAAGCCGAAAAUUGUUAGUCAAGAAGGAAUGCAAGCGGACACAAAACCUAAAGCCUAAAACCUAAAACCUAAAACCUUAAACCUAAAACCUAAAACUUAAUGAAAUGAAAUCUAAAACCAAAAUAGAAGUAAAAUCAACCUUGGACAAUCACGCAUACGCAUGUAGGAAAAACUGGAUUAAAUAGUAUACAUACAUAUGUAUGUAAAUUGUUAAAGCUUCGAUGAUGUGGAGAUGUCGAAGGACAACUGGCCAGAAACUCGGGCCUGGCCUGUGUGUAAUAAAUAGUCUUAGCACGUCCAGAAUGGAAAUGGAGUUGACUCCAGACUCUAUGAACCCUAACUUAUGUAUGAAUAUCUACAAAAUACUCGUUAACGUACGAAUAUGAAUACGAUUGAAUUCGAUUGAAGGGGUUUGAGCCACGUCAAGCUUCAAUUAAGUGUCAAUCCCCCACACGCUCUUCAGUUACACUACCAACAAGUAUUUUUAUAAAGUUUAUUGUAAACGAUGCGAUGAAAAAACCCAACCACAUGUGUGUUUUAAAACAUCAACUGAAGGAAACCUUAAAGAACAUGAGUAUACUUUAGAAGCAAAUUUUUGUAGAAUAAUUGUACACCUAAAAUGCAUUUUUGGUGUUAGCUGAACAACAGAAAAGUGUAUAUGUGCAUAUACCUAUAUACACCCAUAAACAUAUACAUACAGAUGUGUACUGUAUCCAUUUUUAUUGUGCUGCGUAUUUAGGCAGCCAGCGAGGGCAAGGAGGCGGCGGCCCAGCACCCCAGGUAGCCCUGAAGGGGAGUACGAACCGAAAGAGCAAAUAGAAGUUAUGAAUCCAAGCCAAGUGAAUGAUCCGUGAGAGAUGGAACGAGAGAGCGCAACGGGGGCAAGGCCGGAAGCAGACAUUGCGUAUACAUUGCGUAUACGCCCGAUCUGCCGGCGAGGCCUUGCCGCCCGGCUCACCAUAUACCCGUUACUUGCAAUUAGGCUAGUAAGUUCGUUGUUUGUUACCAAUUGUCAGUUGUCAGUGUCGUUGAUGUUGAUGUUGAAGUUGAAGUUGACGUUGAAGUUGCCGUGUCAUUGUUAAAUGUAUUCCAAUUUGAGGUCCGCACUGCUAGCAGUCUGUCGUCAGAGAACAGAAGAAAUGAAGCAGCAACAGACUAUACAAAUUAUACAAGAAAGCAUACAUGCAUGCAUGCAUAUACAUAUACAUUAAAUAGGUGUGCAUAUUAUAUACAUAUUCACACAUACUCGCACAAGUGUGCAUUGGCGUAAGGCAGAAACAUAAUUGAUUAAAUUGAACCAAAACCCGAUGGCAGAACCCAAUCGCAAUGAGGACGAAUAAAUCUUAUGUACUAUGAAUGUAACAAAUUGUAAAAGUUUUAAGCGUAGGCCGAAAGACCCGCCAAAGACUCCUGCAACCUGCGAACCCCCAACCAUGUCCCCCCUUCUACCGAACUUUGGCCAGGGUCGCUCUCGAGCCGUAAUUAGAGAAGUAAAUAUGUAAUUCUAUUGAUGUGUAUCGUAUGUAUAUGUGUCUAUAAAUAUUUGGUAGACGUUCACUCGCAUGACGCCGCAAAAGCUCAAACCAAAAACGACAAACGACAAAAACGCUUCAGCCAGAGAAAGAUCUGCUCGAAACGAACCCUGCCUUAUCCCUUCCCUUUGUUUGGUGCAGGUUCACCAAGUGCCACCAAGUGCCACCAACCCCAACCCCAAACCCAAUCCCAAGCCGAAGAGCAUGUGCAGCAGAAUACUUUUGGCCAAAAAGAGAAAGAGAGGCUGGCAGUUAGAAGAGCCCGAAAGUCGAACGCUCUUAUAUGGUUUCAAGACUGCACAGCCCCCAAAGCACACGAAAACGAAUGAACAUUUAUGAUUGUCUAACGAAAACAAAAGAAGUCAUCCACUGAAUCAGACCCAAGCGAUUGCCGAAUCUGGAAUACGCUCACAAGUCGAACAUUUCCGAAUCGAUUCGCAUCGCAAAAACUUUGUAAGAAUUUUGUACCAAUUCAUUUUUAGCCAAUUUGCAAAACCUACAUCUAUGUGUGAUGGCUUUUGAUUAAUCAUGGUUUCGGCAAUCGCUGAGAGACCUCACAAAGGUCUAUAAAUACACCUUACGCGCGGGGUCUUGAUUCGAUGACUUCAGGCAGGCAGGCAGGCAGGCAGCCAAGAAGAGUUUUGACGGAGAGAUCUGCGAUGCGUUAGGCGUUGAUAAAUGUAAAACAAAAAGCAAAAAAGCAAAUAAAGAUUAGCAACAACAUCUGAGAGAACGAAACAACAGCAAUUGAGCGAAUAAACA